AUGGCUACAAAACCUUCAAAUAAUUUAAGAAGGGAGCACAAAUGGCUCAGAGAAGCUCAGCUGUUUAAUAGUUCUAGCAAUGAAUUACUUCUACGUAUUCUGACGGACAAUACCAUAUCUGCAAGACUCCCCACAACUGUCCCAAUACAACCACCACUGAACUCUCAGCGGGUUAACAUUGAUACUCACUCAGUUAACAAUAUUAAUGCGACACGUUCAGAGUUUACCUCGGAAUUGAGUGAUACUAGACGUCAGAACCAUGAAGAGCGGUCUUCAAAUCUGGUAAUUUGUGCCGAGGCACAAUCUAAUUCUUCAAUUGGUAAAUCGUUAAUACAAACUUCAGUGAAUACAAAUACUGAAAAUGAAAUUUUAGAGAUUGAAAAUGAUUUAAUUCGUAAUUUGGAAAGUCAUCUGAACUUAAUUAAAGAACAGAUAGAAAUUUUGUCUAAUUCUAGAAGAACAAGAAAAAGUAAGAAAGAAAGUUUGAUGCAAGACGUACACCCCAAAUUAGAUCAAUUAGAACCAGUUAUCAAAACUUUGAAAAGACAAUACUUUGAAAAGACAAAUAAACAAAUUAAUCACAAUGCUAAUAAUAGCCAACCCCCAGUUCCACAACUAUCUGGCAGGGAGACAAUUGAUGAUCGCGUUUUGAUUCACGUUCUGGAUGAAGAAGAAGAUUUUGCAGAAGACAAUGACAACGAUAUUAUAAUAACACAGGCUAACAUAGGAUUGGAUAGAUCAGAUAAACUUCAUGAACAACCCCCAAAAAGGAGUUUACGUGAAAGGAAAAACGUCGACUACAGGGUAUUUCCUACUUUGGAAUCGGCGACAGUAUCCUUUCAGACAAGUGAGUUGCAUGAUGAAGACACUAUGGAAGCGGAGUAUGAUGCCGUUUCCGAUUAUAUGACAACAAGAAGCGAAGACAGAGACGAAGAAUUAAACAAAAGUGAUGAAGAUUUUGUAGUGCCUGACAGUAACGGUAAUGUUUUAAAUCAAACACAGGAUUCAGAAUAUAAAGAUGAUUAUGGUGCUGAUACUGAGUAUGGAAAUUCUCAAUCUACAAAUAUACAGACAGCAGAAAACAAUGUUGUUGAGGUCCAAAUCCAAACCUUGUACAAAAGCAAUGCUAACGACAAUGCUUCUAACUCCGAAGAUGAUGAAAUACUCAUGUCAUCUCCGGUGAAAGAUAACAAGACAAAUAAUUAUAGUAAUGAAAAUACUAAUAAUGAAAUUGUUGAGAUAGAUUUAAUUGAAAGAGAUUUGGAUUUGGAUUUGGACUCUAUAGUUGCCAAUGAAAAAUCACAUAUAAUCGGUGCAAAUAACAUGUCCAGUCAACGUAAUCUUUCGUUAUCUGACCAAAAUAACCUAUCAUCAUCGGGACAGAUGGCUAUCUCACAUUCAGAUUUGGAAUUAUUAGAUGCUGACGAGGGAUUAUCUGAUAGUGAUCUAGAAUUAUUUGAUGAAGAACGUGAGAAUAAAACACAGAAUAUUAACAUUAAAGAAUUAGAUGAUGAUCUAAAAAUUAUAGCAGAGAGAAAAUUAAAUGAUGAUGUUCCUCUUGAAUUUCCUGGUAUUAAAAAGGAAGAUUCAGAAUUGUAUGAAAACAUCUCUUUGAGUAACACCACUAAAAUGAACGCGCAAAAUGACAAUCAAGUAAGUGAAUUAUUAGAUGACUCUUACUAUGAACUUGAAGAAGCCAAUUCCCUAACAUAUAACCAAGAACAAAAUAAUGGAACUGGUAAACAUCUAUGGACUAAUGAAGUUAAAAGCAAAUUACAGGAAGUGUUCAAGCUUCCAGGCUUUAGACCUAAUCAAGAAGAUGCUGUAAAUGCAACAUUAAGCGGCAAAGAUGUGUUUGUAUUAAUGCCCACGGGUGGUGGUAAGUCUUUAUGUUACCAAUUACCUGCAAUUAUUAAAUCUGGUAACACAAAAGGUACCACUAUUGUCGUAUCUCCACUUAUCUCUUUGAUGCAAGAUCAAGUGGAUCAUUUACUUGCCAAGAAUAUAAAAGCUUCUAUGUUUAGUUCUAAAGGUACUGCCGAUCAAAGAAGGCAAACAUUCAACUUAUUUAUUCACGGAUUAUUAGAUUUGAUAUAUAUUUCUCCUGAAAUGAUCAGUGCAUCAGAACAAUGUAAACGAGCAAUUGCCAAAUUACAUGAAGAUGGAAAUCUGGCACGUAUUGUUGUUGAUGAAGCACAUUGUGUUUCUAAUUGGGGUCACGAUUUUAGACCUGACUAUAAAGAAUUGAAAUUUUUUAAAGGUGAAUAUCCAAAUAUACCUAUGAUGGCUCUGACAGCUACUGCUAGUGAACAAGUAAGAAUGGAUAUAAUACAUAAUUUGAAAUUGAAAGAUCCUGUAUUUUUGAAGCAAAGUUUUAACAGGACAAAUUUAUAUUAUGAAAUUAUCAAAAAAUCUAAAAAUACAAUAUUUGAAAUGUCCGAUGACAUUAAAAGAAGAUUUAGAAACCAAACAGGAAUUAUAUAUUGUCAUUCCAAAAACUCAUGUGAGCAAACUUCUGCACAAAUGGAAAGAGCAGGUAUUAAAUGUGCUUAUUAUCAUGCGGGAAUGGAACCCGAUGACAGGUUAAAGGUACAGAAAGCAUGGCAAGCCGAUGAGGUACAAGUUAUAUGUGCAACUGUAGCAUUUGGCAUGGGUAUUGACAAGCCUGAUGUGAGAUUUGUAUAUCAUUUUACCGUACCACGUACGUUAGAAGGUUAUUAUCAAGAAACUGGGAGAGCUGGAAGAGAUGGUAAAUUUUCCUACUGUAUUACAUAUUAUUCUUUUAAAGAUGUUAGAACAAUUCAAACUAUGAUCCAAAAGGAUGAAAAUUUAGAUAGAGAAAACAAAGAAAAACAUCUUAAUAAACUGCAACAAGUCAUGGCUUACUGUGAUAACGUUACUGACUGCAGAAGAAAGUUAGUACUUUCUUAUUUUAAUGAACAGUUUGACUCUAAAUUAUGCAAAAAGAAUUGUGAUAAUUGUCGAAAUAGUAAAAAUAUUGUUACCGAAGAAAGAGAUGUCACAAAUGACGCGAAGGUUAUAGCCAAAAUGGUGAAAGAGAUUGAAUAUAAUAGAGUGACACUGAUAUACUGUCAGGAUAUAUUUAAAGGAUCAAAAAGUUCCAAAGUUGUUCGUGCUGGUCAUGAUUCUCUUAAUGGUCAUGGAGCUGGGAAAAGUUUAAGCAGAUCUGAUAUUGAAAGAAUAUUUUUUCAUCUAAUUACAAUUGGAGUCUUACAAGAAUAUUCCAUUAUGAAUAAUAGCGGCUUUGCCUCUAAUUAUGUAAAAUUAGGACCAAAGGCAUAUGGAUUAUUAACAGGGAACAUGAAAGUAAAAAUGCAGUUUAAUAUUUCAGUUGAUUCUUCAAAGUCAUCCACACCUGCUCCUAAUUCAUCAAGACCACAGUCAAGACAAGAUUAUAACAAGAAUUAUUCAAAUAACAUUGAAAUUGUUAGUGCAAAGCAACACUUACAAGGUUACACAUAUAAUGAAAAUUCUGCUUCCAAACCUAAAUCAUAUAGUAAUUCCAACGAAAAACAGUUUUCAAACGAGACUGAUUUUGCAUUCAAAACAAUAAAAGAUCUAUGUCAACAAACGGGUCUAAAUGUUUCUAAUCAAUCAAUAAAUUUAUUGGUAAAUUUCCUUCCUGUUACCGCUGAGGAAUUUUAUGCACUGGUAGGUAACAAUGGUAAAUUCUCAUUAUUUAAAAAUGAAUUUAUGAAACUAAGAAAAAAAAAAUUUCAAUUAUUAGCUUCAAAUAAUGAUAUGAACACUUCAUCCGAGUCUUAUUCAAUUAAUGACAGCAUAAUACUAAGUAACUAUAAUUCCACACAGAAGAACCAAAAAGUUACUGGGAAUAAAUCUCAAUACUUUGGGAUGAGCUAUGAGGAAGAAAAGGAGAACUCAGAAAUUAUGGAUAUAUUAAGAGAUAACCAGUAUCAUAACAAACCCUCUGUAAAAGAGGUACCGAAUAGUUCAUACAUGGCUAACUCCAACAUGACUGCAAAAAAAAAGUCAUAUUAUAAGAAAGGAUUUCGUUCAUAUAACGGAAGUAAGAGAUAUAGAAAAUAG